GUCUCGGAACUUUUGUCAACGCCUUUGAUUCUGAUCGGCGGUAUUUUGGUACACCACCGGAAGUUAGCCGUUUCCAAGAGAGGCCGCCCCUCUCAUUCAUUCAACCACCACAGUAUUAUUAUUAUGAGCAAAUUUAAUUUUAAUAUUUAACAAUGCACCUGUAAUAUUUAGUCCACAUGGCUACAAAACGCAAAAUAGAGGUGAUCGUCCCCGCAGAGGAGAGUGACCAGCUCCUCAUCCGUCCGCUGGGUGCUGGUCAGGAAGUUGGGAGGUCAUGCAUCAUCCUGGAGUUCAAAGGAAGGAAAAUCAUGCUGGACUGUGGCAUCCACCCUGGCCUGGAGGGAAUGGAUGCUCUCCCCUACAUAGACUUGAUUGACCCUGCAGAGAUAGACCUGCUGCUCAUCAGCCAUUUCCACCUGGAUCACUGUGGAGCUCUACCCUGGUUCCUCCAGAAGACCAGCUUCAAAGGCCGGACCUUCAUGACUCACGCCACUAAGGCCAUCUACCGCUGGCUACUGUCAGACUACGUCAAAGUCAGCAACAUUUCUGCAGAUGACAUGCUGUACACUGAGACUGACCUGGAAGAGAGCAUGGAUAAGAUUGAGACCAUUAACUUUCACGAGGUCAAGGAGGUGGCGGGAAUCAAGUUCUGGUGCUACCACGCUGGUCAUGUGCUGGGAGCUGCCAUGUUCAUGAUUGAAAUAGCUGGAGUCAAGCUGCUGUACACAGGAGACUUCUCCCGACAAGAAGACAGGCAUCUGAUGGCAGCUGAGAUCCCCAGUGUCAAACCUGACAUCUUAAUCAUAGAGUCGACCUACGGCACACACAUCCACGAGAAGAGGGAGGAACGUGAGGCUCGCUUCUGUAACACAGUACACGACAUUGUCAACAGAGAAGGUCGCUGUUUAAUCCCUGUGUUCGCCUUGGGACGGGCCCAGGAGCUGCUGCUCAUCCUGGACGAGUAUUGGCAGAACCACCCUGAGCUCCAUGACAUCCCCAUCUAUUAUGCUUCAUCCCUGGCCAAGAAGUGCAUGGCCGUGUACCAGACCUAUGUCAACGCAAUGAACGACAAGAUCCGCAAGGCCAUCAAUAUCAACAACCCUUUUGUCUUCAAGCACAUCAGCAACCUCAAGAGCAUGGAUCACUUCGAUGAUAUCGGUCCCAGUGUGGUGAUGGCGUCCCCGGGUAUGAUGCAGAGCGGCCUCUCCAGAGAGCUCUUUGAAAGCUGGUGCACUGACAAGAGGAAUGGAGUCAUUAUCGCUGGAUACUGUGUGGAGGGCACGCUGGCCAAGCAUAUCAUGUCUGAGCCGGAGGAGAUCACUACCAUGUCAGGGCAGAAGCUGCAGCUGAAGAUGUCUGUUGACUACAUCUCCUUCUCCGCCCACACGGACUACCAGCAGACCAGCGAGUUCAUCAGGGCUCUCAAACCUCCGCACGUGAUCUUGGUCCACGGGGAGCAGAAUGAGAUGGCCCGUCUGAAGGCUGCGCUGAUCAGGGAGUAUGAGGAUAAUGACCAGGUUCACAUCGAAGUCCACAACCCUCGCAACACAGAAGCUGUCACCCUCAACUUCAGAGGAGAGAAACUAGCCAAGGUGAUGGGUUCUCUGGCGGAUAAGAAGUGUGCUCAGGGUCAGAGGGUGUCAGGCAUACUGGUGAAGAAGAAUUUCAACUACCACAUCCUCAAUCCAUCAGACCUGUCUACAUACACAGAGUUGGCCAUGAGCACAGUGAAACAGACCCAGGCCAUCCCCUUCACUGGACCUUACUCGCUGCUUGUGUGCCAUCUGAGGAACCUCACUGGUGACGUGGAGGAGCUGGAUGGAACCGAGAAAAACACUUUGAGGAUCUUUAAAAGCAUCACUCUGAUCCAUGAAGUGGGCAUGGUGCUGCUGGAGUGGAUUGCGAAUCCUCUGAAUGACAUGUAUGCUGACGCUGUCACCACUGUAGUGUUGGAAGUUCAGUCCAACCCAAAGGCUCAGAAAGUCAUGGAGACCCAGAGCGCCAUUAUGGACAUGGACGUCUUCCAAGCACGACUAGAGGUCAUGUUGCAGGACAUGUUUGGAGAGGAAUUUGUGGAUUUCAGUGAUGGUAAAAACAUCUCUGUGACAGUAGAUGGGAAGACGGUUCACAUCUGCCUGGAAACUAGGUCGGUGUGCUGCGAGGACGACUGCACCGAGGACGACUCCCUGAGAGAGAUGGUGGAGCUGGCGGUGCAGCGGCUCUAUGACGCCCUCAACCCAGUCAUCUGAAUGUGUGCAGACACGACUGCAGCGUUCAUAACCACUUACAGUUAACCUUUGACCUAAAGAGGGUUGGAGACUUGAUCACUGCAGGUACAAAUGCUAAAAAUAUUUUUAAGGGGCUUGAUUUAAGGGAAUAAGCAACUUGGAUUUGUGCACAACUCAUUGUUUUAUCCAAAAUAAAUUUGACAAGAGAAAUAAGAAUAGUGCAGAUGGUUGAUCUAUGUUCAUUAUUUAGAUCCUAAUUGAAAAAGAUCUUGCUGUCUGUCUCUGUGGUCCAAUUUCACUGUAACUAACGGCCUCAGCAACCAAACCAAAAUCAUGGGAUUUGAAAAGAUAGGCCUCAACAUUAAGGAAAGUCUGUGUAGGAGAAGAAAUUAAAUAAGCUAAGUAGUUUUUUCCAUAGCUUUUAGUGUUGUCUUUGAUAUGCAAGCACUUUUAAUUUUAUUUGAGUUUUUAAUAUUAUUUAAUAACAGUAUUUGUGUUGAUGCACUGGAGGUUUUGUUUGACUCGAGUUCGCUACUAACAUGCACUGAUAUGUUUACUUUUAUCUGUGACGUUUACUGUGAAUUUCAUGCACUAAAUGUUUGUGUUCAGUGUAAAUAAAACAUUUAAAUAAAAACUUUUACAUACA